CCGCAUUAAUUUUUUCGAAUCCAAGAAAAAAAAAAGAAAGCAAAAAUGGCCACCGGUAGCCUUGGCCUCUCCACCUCCUUCCUCCCCGGCCACGACACCCUCCUCCGCCGCCGCCGGCGGCGGCCGCCGGCGACGACGGCGGCGUCGUUCCGCCCGGUGACGGCGGAGCUCGGCGGGGAGCUGGGGCGGCAGCUGGUGGAGGCGGUCGGGGUGGGGCUCCCCUGCACGGUGAUGGCGUGCGGCGACGUCAUCUACCGCAGCACGCUCCCCCGCAACGACGGGCUCACCAUCACCGCCCCCGGCGUGGCGCUCGCCCUCGCCGCCGCGUCCUACCUCUGGUCCACCCCCGGCGUCGCGCCGGGCUUCUUCGACAUGUUCGUGCUCGCCUUCGCCGAGCGCGUCUUCCGCCCCACCUUCCGCAAGGAUGAAUUCGUGCUCGGGAAGAAGCUUGGGGAGGGCGCGUUCGGAGUCGUCUACAAGGCGUCGCUGGAUGACCCCAAAGCUGCGGAGAAGCAAGGUGCUGUGGUUGUGAAGAAGGCAACAGAGUAUGGUGCGGUAGAAAUAUGGAUGAACGAGCGUGUCAGGAGGGCCUGUGCUAGCAGCUGUGCAGAUUUUAUUUAUGGCUUUCGUGAGAGCAAAGCUAAAGGUAAGGGAGCUGAUGAAUACUGGCUUAUUUGGCGUUAUGAAGGUGAGGAUACACUAUUCGAUCUCAUGCAAAGCAAGGAGUUCCCUUACAAUGUUGAGACUAAGAUUCUAGGAGAUGUUCAAGACCUGCCAAAGGGAAUAGCAAGAGAGAAUAAGAUUAUUCAAACAGUAAUGAGACAACUGUUAUUUGCUCUUGAUGGCCUUCAUUCGACAGGGAUUGUUCACAGAGACGUAAAACCCCAAAAUGUGAUAUUUUCGGAAGGAUCUCGUACGUUCAAAAUUAUUGAUCUUGGAGCAGCAGCUGAUUUGCGAGUGGGCAUCAACUAUAUUCCUAGUGAGUUCCUUUUAGAUCCAAGGUAUGCUGCACCGGAGCAAUAUAUAAUGAGCACUCAAACACCAUCUGCUCCCUCUGCUCCAGUUGCAACUGCUUUAUCUCCAGUCCUUUGGCAGUUGAACCUUCCUGACAGAUUUGACAUAUAUAGCCUGGGCCUUAUAUUCUUACAAAUGGCAUUUCCAUCAUUGAGAACGGACAGCAGCCUCAUACAAUUUAACCGCCAACUGAAGAGGUGCAACUAUGACUUAGAAGCUUGGAGGAAUUUGGUAGAGCCACGAGCUACCCCGGAGCUCCGGAGGGGCUUUGACAUCUUGGAUUUAGAUGGUGGUAUUGGAUGGGAACUUCUCACAUCGAUGGUCCGGUACAAAGCACGGCAAAGGACUGGUGCUAAGGCUGCACUGGCGCAUCCAUAUUUCAACCGCGAGGGGCUCCUUGGCCUCUCUGUAAUGCAAAACUUGAGGCUGCAACUGCUUCGUGCAACCCAGAAGGACUACAGUGAAGCAGCCCGUUGGGUCGUCGGCCUCAUGGCAAGAUCAGGAACAGAAGCAGAAGGAGGUUUUACAGAGGCACAACUUCAAGAGCUUAGGGAAAUCAAACCAAAGAAAGGUAGUGCACGGAGGAACUUGCUUGCUUCCGUGCUGCGUGUACAGAGAAAGGUCGUGAGGACAAUCAACGAAAGCAUGGAUGAGCUUAGCAGCCAGAGCAAAAGCAUUUGGUGGAGCCGGUGGAUACCAAAGGAGGAGUAGGCAGACGCAGCUCUGUCCCUCUGUGCAUCGCCCAUUUCUUCUGUAGAAACCUCGCCAUGUAGCAAUGGUAAUGGUACAGCCUACUUACUUCCCUACCUCUGGUGAGUACAAAUCGUCGUUCCAUCGGAAAAAGACCACAAUAGCAUAUACCGAUGUCCAAAUAGGUGUACAUAUAUUUGACAUGGAACCAAAAUUUUCAGAGACCCUUAUGAUAAGUUCAUAACAGAUCCACUGUACUUGAUUAACCUGUGAUUGAUUGUUGCUCGGGGAGUGUGUUCAUCAUGUGGUAGUACAAGAAACCCAUGGCACAGGUGGUCGUAAUGAUUAAUGAAUCCUCAUAAUAA